AUGCCCACAUACAAACAAUACACUUACGCCUACAAUAAGGAUCCUGUCCACGAGACCACGGCGGAGUUGACUCCAGUGGACUCUGACGAAAUUCUCAUCAGGGUGAGUUCAGCCGCAUUGAACCCCAUCGACCUCCUCGUAUAUUAUCUGGCCUAUUACAUUUCUUCAUGGUUCAACUCAAAACAAGGCAUUGGUCGUGAUUAUUCGGGAACCAUCGAGUCCAUUGGCGCCACCGCCGCUUCUCACACCGGGUUGAAAGUGGGUGACGAGGUGUUUGGCUUAUACCGUCAUUUCUUCCAAAAAGGGACUAUCGCUGAGUACAUCAAGAUCAAGCCCAUGGGGCGUGACUGCAGUAUUGCCAAGAUCCCCAAGGGGAUGUCUAAGGACGAAGCCGCCGCGGUGCCGUUGGUGUUUGGUACUGCCAACCAAAUGAUGGCCGACCACGAUCUCAAGGGGGCUAAAGUGUUGGUGCUUGGUGGGGCUACGUCAGUGGGUCGUUACGUCAUCCAGCUUGCCCGAAUCAAGGGAGCUCGAGAGAUCAUCACCUCCAAUGGGGCUCGGUCUAACGAAUUAGUCCGACUGUUGGGCUCCACCAAGCAGCUUGACUACAACCAGCACCCUAACUUGUUAACUCCGGUGCUUGAGGCUACUAAGGAGGGCAAGUUCAACUACAUUUACGACUGUGCUGGCAACUGUGAAUUGUUCGGUGACAUGAAGGACAUUGUUGACCCUAAGAAAAACGACUUUGUCACCAUCGUUGGUGACCAUCACAUCAACUACGCCAAGGACCAUCUUGCUGGGUUGGCGUGGCCGUUCCGCAAGACGGUAUUCCGCCAGAUUGGGCUGAAGCUUGGUCUCGUGCCCUAUAACUACCGCUUCUUCCUCCUUAAGCCCGGCAACUGGCUUAAUGUGGCCACCUCAUUAUACGAACAAGGCGAGCUCCAAGUGUUCGUGGACUCGACCUACAAAUUCCAGGAAACCCCGCAGGCGGUCGAGAAGCUUCUGCUGGGGGCGGCCUCGGGUAAAGUCGUCAUUCAAGUGCGUGAGUAA